CGACUACGCAUCCUUGCCUUCAUCUAACCCUCCUUUCACAAAACCUUUUCAAAACCAAUAUCGCACAAUGGGUGGUCAAAGCAGAGAAGGUGGCAAGGUCAAGCCCCUCAAGCAGGCCAAGAAGGCUCAGAAGGAUCUCGAUGACGAUGAUCUCGCCUUCAAGGAGAAGCAGAGAGCCGAUGCCAAGGCUAAGAAGGAUCUGAUGGAGAAGGCCAAGGGCAAGGGUCCCCUGAACACCGGUGCCCAGGGCAUCAAGAAGUCGGGCAAGAAAUAAAUCACCUUUGGGAGCAUUGAGAUCAGUCAUUCAUGAUAUACCACGAGCCAUGACCCACGAGCGCAAGGUGGUGGAGUCGCUUGGCAUUAAGCGCUAUUCUCUUUGAGCAACUUUACUUGAUGCAUUUACAACGCUGAGCGCACACUUCAUCCACUGAUAAUCUAUUCAAUAAAUACCUCAAAAGCGUGACUCAGUUCCUCAAACGCUGGGAAUCAUCUGCACGGAACCUGGUCCCAGACUUGAGAUUCGCGUCUCUCAACAAGCAAACAGGGUAUCAUCGCGCACUGCACAGAUCAAAGAAAGACUGUCUACCAUGC